AUGGCUGCGCAUCCGCAUGUCACCGAGACGCGCAUGACGGCGUGGAACUGGCCGAAGCACGUCAACUGGCUCAAUGUCUUCAUGACCGUCCUGAUUCCGCUGGCUGGCUGCGUCGCUGCUUUCUACGUCCCGCUGCAACUGAAGACAGCCAUCUUCGCCUAUGUGUACUGUACGUCACUCUCACUUGCUACCCGCUUCCAUGCCAGGACUUCGUCCGCUUCGUCGUCCUCUUCGAGCAGCAUUGCUGACCGUUCACCCCCCACACUCGCAGACUUCUUCACUGGCCUCUCCAUCACAGCCGGCUAUCACCGCCUAUGGUCGCACACGUCCUACUCGGCCGCGGUGCCGCUGCGCAUCUUCCUGGCGGCGUUCGGCGCCGGCGCCAUCGAGGGGUCUAUCCGCUGGUGGAGCCGCGAUCACCGCGCCCAUCAUCGGUAUACCGACACCGAUAAGGAUCCGUAUUCGGUGAGGAAGGGGCUGUGGUAUAGUCAUAUGGGCUGGAUCCUCAUGAAGCAAAACCCCCGCCGGAUCGGCCGCACCGACAUCUCGGACCUCAACGCCGACCCCAUCGUCAUCUUCCAGCACCGGCACUACGUCAAGUGCGCGCUGGCCAUGGGCGUCGUCUUCCCCGGGCUGGCCGCGUGGCUGCUGUGGGACGACCUCCGGGGGGGCAUCGUGUAUGCGGGCAUCUUGCGCGUCUUCUUCGUGCAGCAGGCGACGUUUUGCAUCAACAGCCUCGCGCACUGGAUCGGCGAGCAGCCCUUCGACGACCGCAACAGCCCGCGCGAUCACUGGAUCACCGCGCUGGCGACCCUGGGCGAGGGCUAUCACAACUUUCAUCAUGAGUUCCCGAGUGAUUAUCGGAACGCGAUCGAAUGGUGGCAAUACGACCCGACCAAGUGGUCCAUCUGGCUGUGGAAGCAGGCCGGGCUCGCGCACGACCUCAAGCAGUUCCGCGCCAACGAGAUCGAAAAGGGGCGGCUGCAGAUGGACCAGAAGCGGCUGGACCGCAAGCGCGCCGCGCUCGACUGGGGCGUGCCCCUCGACCGGCUGCCCGUCAUCGCCUGGGACGAAUACGUCGCGCAGGCCAAGAAUGAGGAAGGUCGCGCGUGGAUCGCCGUCGCCGGCGUCGUGCACGACGUGUCCGACUUCGUUGCCGAGCAUCCCGGCGGGAGGGCGCUGAUCCGCGGCGCCGUGGGCAAGGAUGCGACGGCCAUGUUUAACGGUGGGGUGUACGAUCAUAGCAAUGCGGCGCAUAAUUUGCUGAGUACGAUGAGGGUGGGGGUUAUUCGGGGAGGUAUGGAAGUCGAGCUGUGGAAGCGCCAACAGAAGAAGGACGGGGCGGGCGGCGAAUACGUCAAGGAUUCGUACGGGAACCGCGUCGUGCGUGCGGAUGACCAGCCGACGAGGAGGCGGGCGCCGCAGGUUGUGGCUGCAGCGUAA